GACGUCAUGUACGACCAGUACAUCCGCCCCACCGCCCCCAUCGUGGAUUACCGCACCCGCUGGAGCGGCAUUCGGCGGCAGCACAUGGCGAACGCCGUUCCCUUCAGCAAGGCCCAGCGAGAGAUCCUGCGCAUCCUCUCCGGGAAGAUCGUGGUCGGCCAUGCCAUCUACAACGACUUCAAGGCACUCAAGUACUUCCACCCCAAAGCGCUCACCCGGGACACUUCCAAAAUCCCCUUGUUGAACCGUAAAGGCGGCUUCCCCGAGAACACCGCCAUCUCCCUGAAGCGCCUCGUCAAGGAGCUGCUGCACAAGGACAUCCAG